ACUAGACGGCGGCUGACGACAAAUGGCGCUUUUCCAUGCGCGCUCAUGUGAAGACCCUUUAAAAAGAAAGCCAUCGUGCGCAGAGUGUGGGAGCGAUUGACAGACAGGCAAAGGGACAGCAAGGCAGCGGAUUGCGUUGUUAUUAACUAUGUCUUUGUACCGUAACUCAGCGUGGUUUCUGAAAGGAUGCAUCGAAUUUACCAAGGCAGCAUUUGAGUCUGCAUCAAAACACUUUAUAGAAAAAGAUGUAGAAGUGUCUGUGGCAGGCCGAUCAUUCUUGAUCACUGGAGCUAACAGUGGCAUUGGCAAAGCACUGGCCAUGGCUAUUGCAAAAAAAGGUGGUACAAUUCACAUGGUAUGCAGAAACAAGGACAAGGCAGAGGAAUCCAGAGCUGAGAUUAUCAAGGAGUCUGGAAACAAAGAAGUUUAUGUGCACAUUCUGGACCUAUCUGAGACCAAGAAGGUAUGGGAGUUUGCAGAGGGAUUUAAAAAAAGAUACAAAACCCUUAAUGUACUGAUCAAUAAUGCAGGUUGUAUGAUGACUAAGAGAGAAGUGAAUGCAGAUGGCAUUGAGAAGAGUUUUGCCAUUAACUCACUUGCCAUGUACAUUCUCAUCAAGAGCCUAAUUCCCAUGUUGGAAAAGAGCCCUGACCCCAGAGUGAUCACAGUGACAUCUGGGGGAAUGUUGGUCCAGAAACUGCGCACAGGAAAUUUGCAGUCCCAGAGAGGCAGAUAUGAUGGCACUAUGGUGUAUGCACAAAACAAGAGGCAGCAAGUGGUGAUAACAGAACAGUUUGCUAAAACUCACCCCAGCAUUCACUUUUCAGUAAUGCAUCCUGGUUGGGUGGACACACCAAUGAUUGCAAAUGCUAUGCCUGACUUCUACCGCUCAAUGAAGGAGCGUUUGCGAACACCAGAACAGGGUGCUGACACACUGGUGUGGCUUGCAGUGUCUGAGGCUGCUGUGGCAAAUCCCAGUGGAAGAUUCUUUCAAGAUCGGAGAAUGGUAUCAGCCCAUCUGCCACUAGCCUGGACACAUAGUUCCCAGCUAGAAGAUGAUAAGUUCAUGAGUGUCAUGGAGGAGAUGGCAAAAGGUUUUCAACCUCACUGAACAUUCAAAGAGAAACAGGUUAUGAGAAUCUGUUCUCAGAAAGAGCACUUCAACACCCAUGUUGGCCAAAUACACAGAAAACCCAGAA